GUUAACAACAUGACAACCACUAUUUCCCUCUUUCCGUUUCAUCUCCUUCUCUCCUUCUCUUUCAUUCAUUAGCAAAGCUCUCCAUUUUUGGUUUCUCUGGAAGAGGCUCUCCCCUGACCGGGCCACCCAGGGUUCAGGUCAUUUGGCGAUUCAUUGUUCUUUCCCUGAGAAUCCAUGAAAACUACUCGUGAACCUUCAGCUUCUCCAUGUGAGAUUCCCUGCAAUGUCAGUGAAGGAAUCCCAGAGAAGGGGCUUCCGAAGAUGGGGCAGAAUAAGCUGCUUUUUUGUGCUUCCAUUUCUAUCUCUGCUGAAGAAUUGCGGUGUCUCACUAUGGCGGAAGGAAAAGUAGACAAGGAUUCAACUGGAGAAGUUUUGGACAAGGUUCAAUUUCGAGAUGAUUUAACUGGAAAAGUUAUUAAAGAUAAUGAAUAUGAGGAGUCUACAAGAGAUGCUUCCGAAGAUGGAUCAGAGUCUGAAACAACAACUUCCAAGUCCAGCACUUCAGAUUCAGAUGGAAAAUUUCAAUCUCAGUGGAAAGGAUUCAUUAAAAGACUAAAGAUUGGGUCUUCCAUACAUUUGCAUACUUUCCAUCCUAGCAUACCUUCACUGCCUUCUAUUAAGAUGAUAGCGAAAAGGAAAACUAAGAGUACAGAACAGAACAUGCCAAUGGUGCCUGCUCCUAACCUAGAUACUGAUUUACGUCACUGCUUUCAAGCGCACUGGAAAAACUUCUUCCUCUCUGACCUUCAGAAAGCUACUGACAACUUUAGCCGUGAAAACUUGAUCGGUGAGGGAGGUUCAUCCGAAGUAUAUAAGGGACAUCUUGAAGAUGGCCAACUAGUUGCAGUUAAAAGGCUGAUCAGGGGAACUCAAGAGGAGAUGGUAGCUGACUACUUAUCUGAGCUCGGAAUUCUAGUACAUGUUGACCAUCCAAACGUUGCUGGUGUUAUUGGAUAUGGAGUUGAAGGAGGGAUGCACCUUGUCCUUCCUCUGUCUCCACAUGGGAGCUUAGCAACUCUGCUUAAUGGUGAAAAGGGUAGGUUGGCUUGGUGCCAUAGGUAUAAUAUUGCUCUAGGCACUGCUGCUGGCCUUGCAUAUCUCCAUGAGGGUUGCCGGAGGAGAAUCAUCCAUAGAGAUAUCAAGACGGCUAACGUUUUGCUGACGGAAGAUUUUGAGGCUCAGAUAUCUGAUUUUGGACUUGCAAAAUGGCUCCCUGAUCAGUGGACACACCUCACUGUAUCUCAGUUUGAAGGCACAUUCGGAUACCUCCCUCCUGAGUUCUUCAUGCAUGGUAUUGUGGAUGAAAAAACAGAUGUUUAUGCCUUUGGCGUUUUAUUAUUGGAGCUCAUUUCUGGACGUCCAGCUUUGGAUGAAUCUCGCAAUAGUGUUGUGAUGUGGGCCAAACCAUUGCUCCUUAGUAAGAACCACUGCGGGUUAGUUGAUCCAUCACUUGGUGAUGCCUAUGACUCGGAACAGAUGAAUCGUAUGGUUAUGGUUGCCUCUCUAUGCAUACAGCAAAAUUCAACAGAUCGGCCUCAUAUGAGCCAGGUUCAGGAGAUGUUAAAAGGUGGUGGAGGCAUUCUCCAAAGAAUGAAAACGUUCCAAAAUGCCAGCCGUCAAGAGGAUAUAUCCCAUAGAGUGAAUUUACUGCUCGAGUCGUCCUCACCUAAGUGUAAAGAUAAUCCAGACCAGCAAAAUCAGGCAGUGUAGGGGAAAUAAUCCCUUGGUACGACGAAGAUCUCUGUUGUGAUCUGGAAACGCUGGACGUACAUCUCACUGCCAUGGGGCUGUCGGAAUUCACAACACGCAAGUUUGAGUUAUUAAUGUUCUAUUCUACCAUAAUAGAUGGAACCAGAGCUCCCUUGUGAAAAAUCUAAAAGGUCUGAGAAAUCAAAUUGAAAAGUGCAGCACUCAGUGUUUCGAGUUUUGACAGGUUUAGCAGGUUUCUUUAGCUUAAUGUUGGGCAGUACUAUAUUGAAGAAGCAAGAGAUGCCAACAUAAUGUACAGUAUGCAUAGGAGAGUGAUUAUUUUAACCCUUGUUCUAUUUGACUGCAUUCAGUAAUUAAUAUCUCACUGGACAUUGAUCUGUAAUGAAAUGUGUAUACAACUAUGAACUUUAGAAGGUGAACGCAUA